CAUUUGGGAACCACUGAGACUAAGUUUAACACGUGGGAUGGUCUGUUCUAAAAAUCCAGCUACAUUUUUGGAUUUAUCUUUUUGUUACGCAAUGUUUGUAAUGGAACAGUGGUGUCAAUUGUAUUCCGGGUUCUCAGAAAAAAUAAUGUUUUAUACUAGAUGAGCGGAACUAAAGAUGAAACGUUAGUUAGCCGUGAGCGAGUUUCAAUUUGGAAACUAGUAACCCACUUGCAGAAAGAGUCCUUUGUGAGACGGAGAUGUUGACGUCAAAUGAACGCUGUGAAGACAUAAAUUCAUAGUUUAGCUAGAACAACACAACAUAGGGAGGAUGAGCCCUGGUAUCCUCCCCCUGUCUCCAAACUUGUAUAACUAAUUAGGGGUUUGCCAUUAAUAAGUUAAACUGACCAAGCCUGUCCUCUUGUUUGCACAUGGUAGCCUUGUAUCCACACAGUUGACUGACCAGACAAAAGGGAUAUCUGAUACAUACUAUCAUACAAAUUACAAUAUGUUGGAGAUGCUUGAAUACAGCCAUUACCAGGUGCAGACCCAUCUGGAGAACCCCACCAAGUACCACAUUCAGCAGGCCCAAAGACAGCAGGUGAGGCAGUACCUGUCCACCACCCUCGGGGGUAAGCCUGGCAGCCAGGCCAGCAGCCUGCAGUGCCACAGCCAGCCCCCGGAGCACGGGAUGCCCCCCGGCCCAGGCAGCAGUGCCCCCAACAGCCCCAUGGCCCUGCUGACCCUCACCUCAAACUGCGAGAAGGAGAUGGACGAUGUCAUUGAUGACAUUAUUAGCUUGGAAACAAGUUAUAAUGAUGAUAUUCUUGGAUUUAUGGACCCCGGCCUCCAGAUUACAAAUACACUCCCUGUAUCUGGUAAUCUUCUGGACAUGUAUGGAAACCACAGACUUACCAGCAGUAACUCCUGCCCUGGUAGUUUAUCCAACAUAAAAAGGGAAUUCUCAGCUCCUGGCAUGAUGAACAUACUUGACAAGACUGCAUCCUGUGGCCAGUUUGACAACUACCAAAGGCCUGAGGGCUUUCCAGUUGCUGAGGUCCGAGCGAUGGCCAAGGAGAGACAAAAAAAGGACAACCACAACUUAAUUGAACGAAGAAGGAGGUUCAACAUCAACGAUCGAAUCAAAGAGCUUGGAACCUUGAUUCCUAAGUCAAAUGAUCCGGACAUGCGCUGGAAUAAGGGCACCAUUCUGAAGGCCUCGGUGGACUACAUCAGGAAGCUGCAGAGGGAGCAGCAGAGAGCCAAGGAGCUGGAGCUUAGACAGAGGAGGCUGGAGCAUGCAAAUCGCCAUCUGAUGCUGCGCAUACAGGAGUUGGAGAUGCAGGCACGGGCCCAUGGUCUUGCGGUUGUGCCGUCCCCUUCCCUCUGCUCCUCUGAGCUGAUGGCCCGAGCCAUCAAGCAGGAGCCCAUCCUAGGAGACUGUCCGUCAGACCUGUACCAGAAGUCAGGCCCCGACAUGUCCCCUACCACCACACUAGACCUCAACAACGGCACCAUCCACUUCAAUGACAGCCCAUUGGAUGCAGGGGAACCAGGGGCCUAUGGCUCCAACAAGGCCUCCACUAAACUGAAGGACAUAAUAGACAACACCCUGUCACCCAUAUCAUCCCUUCUGUCCUCAGUGUCUCCAGACGCCUCCAACAGCAGCAGCAGCAGGCGUAGCAGCAGCUCAAGCAUGGAGGAGAAUAAUCAUGGUUGUUAGCACUGCCCACGAGCUCAAGUCAUACUCAUAUUUUAGCAUAUUGUUAUUACUGUUAUUGUUAUUACUAGGUUCUGCUAUGAUCUAUUCCAUGAGACUUCUCUGCUAGCAUCCUAAGAUGUCCUCCAGCUUUCCUUCCCUUGUCUACAGACAUUCUGUCUUAUGCUUUUGUUUGUUUUACAAUGUCAUUGUGUCUCUUUCUGGAACCAAAUCUGACGGUUCAGAUUAGGUACUCUACUCCUAAACUGGCUGCUGAGAUUUACUGUACAAUAAGAUGAACUAUUCAUGCGUGAAUUAUUUGAGAGAAAGUGCACAAUAACAUGACAAGAUUCGAUUUUUUUUUCAUAUCAUGACUAUUUGUUAAAUUAGAGUUUAAAACAUUUGUUUAUUUUAGUAUAUGAUAUCAUACAGAAAUAUAUAUUUAGUUGAAUACUUUGUUAAUUAACUGACAAUAACAUUGUACUAAGCAUUUAAGAUGAGAUAAGACUUCUUACCCUUAAAUUAAAUUCAGAAGCAAUGGUUUGAAAGCCACAAUUUUAUUUUUGUGAAUAAGAAACAACUUUCAGGAACAAUGAAUGCCUUUUUAAUGGUGAAGUGAAGAUAUUUGUACAAAACAACAUUGUAAAUAUAAACAUUUUGUAAAAAUGUUUUGUUUGUUUUUUAAUGAGUAGGUCUUUAAUUAAGUGAAUACAUUUUAUUUUGAUUCCCCUGGCUAUUACCAUAUAAUUUACAUCUGUGCUCUUAUCCCAUACAAAGUUGUAAUGCACAUGAAGAUAACAUUUUGAACAGUUCAAACAGAUAUUUAGCUCAGAAGGAGCACCUGCCAGCAUUGUUCUUGUAUGUCAGAGUGUGAAAUACUAUACCUAAUAUUAUUUAUAAUUACUAAUAUUAUUUCCUAAUGUAACUUUCUGUAAGACCACUAUAUGGUUGACUGUAGGAGCUAGCCCAUUUAUAAAAUAAUGUAGU